GUUCUUUAUUCUCAUCUCUGAAAUGAGGAGACCUGAGGAUGCUAUGAAGGCCGCUUGGUGUCUGCAAACAUUCUCGACAUUGUUUUACAUAAUUUUCGCCGUAGUCAUCUAUGUGUUUGUUGGAAAUACGGUGGCCUCCCCCGCCCUUUUUUCCUUGCCUCCAGUCUGGUCCAAAGUCACUUUUGGCAUUGCAAUCGGAAUUUUCUGAUGUGUGUUGGUGCGUGCUGCCGAAACGAAUGCAGCCUCUGAAGUUGCCCGGCAGAGCUGGAGGGCUCUACUCGCACACCGCCGCCAAGGUCGUUUUCAUCCGAUAUUUCAGGAACACCCGACACGUAUAUAAGCACACCCUGGUUGGAUGGAUAGCUUGGACAUCGCUGUGCCUUGCAGCUGUUGCCAUAGCAUACGUUUUUGCUAUUUCCGUGCCUAUCUUCUCAUAUCUCAUCGGGAUCGCCGCGUCCCUGUUUGCUUCGUGGUACACUUAUGGGAUUGCGGGAUUCUUCUGGAUCCACGACGCAUACCAUUUGAAAGGCGGGUGGGCAUCGUUCCGAAAGCAGCCCGCGCAAGCAGCCCUUGCUGUCUUCACAGUCGUGGCUGGUGCGUUUAUCUGUGUAGCAGGGACAUUCGUGUCCAUCAAGGAAAGUGCAGGCCCGACAACUGUCUCUUAUGUAUUGAAUCCCCCCGCGCAGCUCAUCGACGAUGCAUACAAGAGCAAUCUGAUCAAUGCUACCCAAAUCUUGUUCCUGCUCCCACUAGCCAUACUGCCUUUCGCAUGGUCGUCCCGAUUGUACUCUGCUGGUGUUCGGUACACCAAGAGCUCGUUCUGCUGUCUCCUCAUUCUCAUGAAUCAGUGGUUCGCCCCGACCAAGCUAAUCAUCACAUUCGAGCGGGACGGGACGGGAAGGUUCACAGAUGAAGAAAUCGAGCGAAUCGUCGUGAAGGAUGACUCAGGAAACGUAGUCGCCCUCGAUCUUCCCAACCGAUUCAUCCUCAUUGCCAAUCAUCAAGUGUACGCAGACUGGCUGUACGCCUGGACACUGACGUAUUACAUCGGGAAUCACGGAAUACACGAUUCCGUUUACAUUGCGCUGAAGAAGAGUCUACAAUGGCUUCCGAUAUUAGGCUGGGCGAUGCGAUUCUACAACUUCAUCUUCCUUGCCCGUUCAUGGGUCUACGAUCGUGUGCAGCUCUCCACGCAUCUGGCGGCCUUGGGCAAGAUUGCAGAACGUGAACAACGACCUUUCGUCUUCUUCCUAUAUCCCGAAGGCACUGUCGUAUCACCGAACACGAGGCCUAUCAGCAAGAAGUUUGCCGAUAAAAUGGGAAUUGAUGACAUGUCGAACGUCCUGCUGCCUAGGUCCACAGGCCUACACUUCACCUUGCGAGCUCUGGCUCCCCGCAUUCCAGAUUUGAAACUGUUGGACAUAACCACAGUCUAUCCCGGCAUACCACCGCUGGGAUAUGGGCAACAAUACUAUACCUUGCGCUCAAUAUUCUUUCACGGCGUUCCACCGCCGGCGAUCCAUUUCCAUCUGCGACUGUUCGAUGUGGCGACCGAGGUCCCUGUAGGCGAUCUAGCACGGACAGUGUCCAGCCCAGGUGCCACUCCUAAAUCCUCCGCUGAGGUGGAUAUCCCGGAGACAGAGAAGGCCGUGUUCGAUGCAUGGCUGCGAGCGCUGUGGAAGGAGAAAGACCUGAGCAUCACCCGAUGGUUCGACAAGGCUUCGUUUGCGCAGUCCAGUUUCGCCAUCCCGCUCAGGUUACGCCGGAAACGAGAAAUCUUCGAUGCAGUGGGCUUCUUUCCCGUCGCAGUGUUGGCCCAUUUGGCAGAAAGACUAAUAGACCCGUUGUUUCCUCCUUGUAAUGCAGCUCGCUGGUCCUCGAUCUUUUUCACCAUGAACCUGGAAAUAGUAAAUCUCAAACCAGAAGUUAGCCAGCUUAGGAUCUUCGGGGGAAACAACUCCGAACCUUUCAACGCAAUUGGCCCUGGGAAAGUAUGA